AUGGCUUUGGUUUCAACUAUGCUACUUCUGCUGUUGCUCAAAUCUGCUCAUUGUAUCAAACAAAAACCAACGAAUGUUAAAGAGCAGUAUGUAGUGUUGUAUAAUGCGGGUGUGAAGUGUUAUGAGAAACUCAACUCGACCAAGAAACCAGAUGACGGUCUAUAUUGUGAUAUGGUUUUUGACGGUGUUAUGUGUUGGGAUUAUACUCCAGCAGGUCAGUCAGCUGUACAGUCCUGUCCCAGUUAUGUCUCUGGCUUUAACACUAGAGCUUCGGCCAAGAGAAAAUGUUUGGAAACAGGAGAAUGGUACGUUAACCCUCAAUAUAAUCAAACCUGGACUGAUAUGCUAUCUUGCAAACGAUUUCUCAUGGAGAUUCACCUUCCGAAGAUAUCGUUACUGGCAAGAAUAGGAUACAGUAUUUCUAUUGUCUUCUUACUUCUAGCAAUAGCUAUUAUGAUAUACUUCAAGAAACUUCACUGUCAAAGAAAUACUAUCCAUGUGAACCUGUUUCUAUCCUGUUUAUUACGAGCUGUGCUAUGUCUGUUAAAAGAGUUUACUAUUGUAAAGGGCAUAGGUUUUGAAAUGGAUAUUGAAUAUGACGCCAAUGGAAAAGUUAAUUUCAAAGAAGAGGGAACACACUGGCAAUGUAAACUGUUUUAUACCAUGUUUCACUACACUCUAUGUACUAAUUAUAUGUGGGUUUUGGUUGAAGGGCUGUAUCUACACAACCUGAUAUUUUUUACUGUUUUCUCCAUCAGAAAGUUAUAUCUUAUAUUGUAUAUAAUACUUGGUUGGUGUUCAUCAAUAUUGAUAGUUCUUCCCUGGGUAUUUGUUAGAGCUACCAAAGAAGACACAUUAUGUUGGAAUACUCACUAUACAUUUUACUACUGGAUAAUCAGAGGUCCCAUUAUAGCUUCAAUCUGUAUCAAUUUCUUUUUCUUUAUAAAUAUAAUCCGAGUAUUAUUUACUAAGUUAAUGGGAUCGAUUACUCGAGAACCAACCAGAUACAGAAAGCUUGCCAAAUCUACAUUAGUGUUAAUACCAUUGUUUGGUGUUCAGUACAUAGUGUUCGUACCACUGACUGCGGAAAUGGAACACAUGGAACCUGAAAUGGAACUGACCAUAAUAUACAUAGAAAUGUUCCUGAACUCAUUUCAAGGAACUAUUGUCGGCUUAUUGUUCUGUUUUCUAAAUGGCGAGGUGCGAACUGAAAUCAAAAAGUUUUGGUACAAUAAAGUUAUGGUGAAGAGAGCAAGUAGCUAUUCUCGCCCAACAUCCAAAAACUUUCAUACAUCGUCAUCUUUCAUUGGACGAGAUCGUGGGUCAGAGGUUAACCAAAAUAUGGUAGCCAUGGUUGAGAUUAACGCUAGGGUCAAAGGUCCCUCGUUUAAUGGAGAUGUGAAAAAUAAAACUGUGGAUUUUAAUUUAAAAGAAAAUGGCAACGUAAGGAACCACGUGACUGAAAAUUCAUCUUUAGUGCUCGGUGAAAAUCAAGGGCAACAACUCCCGCAUAGCAACGGUAAGGGUGGUCCACAGAGUGUGAGUCCGGAGGGCAUGUCGUUAUUAUCAGAAGAAAGCAUGUACCGCGAUUGUUACCGUGAUAUCUAA